AGUCACUCUGACAUAAGUGCUCAGCCCAGCUCACACACGCACCAACUACAACUACACAAAUACAGACAUAUAUUCACAACGUAGGUCUGCAGUCGUCGUGCAAAUAACUCAAUUAAGAACAAACUAUAGAAGGGACUAAAGAAAGGGGACCAGACUGUGAAGGUGCUUAUCCAGAAUCCUGAGGGCCUGAAGCGGGGAGGCAGGUUGGACGAGCGCUUUGUUAAUCUCAGCUUCACCAGCCAUCACAAACCUCCAGUCAUCGCCAGCAGGUGAAGGACCCAUCCACAGGUUCAUCAACAAGCUGGAUUGUUAAUAGUGCCUUUGCAAUUCCUUUGUGAGUUUUGACAACAGGUGAGGGAGCAGUGACGUUGUUCACCAAAUACCAUGGAUGAGGAGGACGAUAAACACUCUGUGGACAUCCAUGAUAAUCCUCCAGCUCCUGACAACGUAGUGAAAGAGGAGGGCGACACUGUCUAUUUCAUAUAUGAGGAGGAAGUGGAGGUGGAGGAGAAGGAACCAGAGCCUCCUCCAGAGCCAGUUCUUCGGGUCAAUGACAAACCCCACAAAUUCAAGGACCAUUACUGCAAGAAACCCAAGUUCUGUGACGUCUGUGCUCGCAUGAUAGUCUUGAACAACAAGUUUGCUCUGAGGUGUAAAAACUGCAAGACUAACAUCCACCACUCAUGUCAGUCCUACGUCGAAUUCCAGAGAUGCUUCGGCAAAAUUCCACCUGGGUUCAGACGAGCCUACAGCUCCCCUCUGUACGGCAGCGACCAACCGGAUCCAAACAAUCCAAAUCGGAACGACCCUGUCUUUGACACCCUGCGCGUCGGCGUCAUCAUGGCAAACAAGGAGCGGAAAAAGAAUGAAAAUGACAAAAAAAAUAUAAUGAUGAUGGAGGAGGAGGAGGAAGAGAAUCAACAACCCAAAGAGAAUGAGGAGGGAGGAGAGGGGAAGCCUGAUGACAAGAAGGAGAAAGGUGGGGACAAAGCGGACGACAAGAGCAAGGGCACGUUCUCCCAGUCCCAUUAUUACCUGGCUCUCUACCGCUUCAAGGCAAUCGAGAAAGACGACCUUGACUUUCAUCCUGGUGAUCGGAUCACAGUCCUGGACGACUCCAAUGAAGAGUGGUGGAGGGGGAAGAUGGGGGAGAAGACAGGCUACUUCCCCACCAACUACCUCAUAAAAGUGCGGGCGUCAGAGAGGGUUUACAAAGUGACGCGCUCCUUCGUAGGGAACAGGGAGAUGGGACAAAUCACGCUGAAAAAAGAUCAGAUUGUAGUGAAGAAAGGAGAUGAGAAAGGGGGCUACCUGAAGGUCAGCACUGGGCGAAAGCUGGGCUACUUCCCUGCUGAUCUGCUGCAGGAGAUCACAGUGACAUGAAAAAACACAAUAUGUGACGAAAAGGCGCCGUCACAAGGAACCACCAGUUCCUGCGCCUAUAAUCAUUAGAAAAUACAUUUGCUGUAUCACGACGCCCGAGAGAUUAUUGAUUUAAUAGUUAAAAAAUAGUUUUAUUUUGCAGUUGCUAAGAGAAAUUUAGGUGGCAUAUUUUAUUUGCCUGCUUAUAAAUAGAAUAGAUUUAGAGAUUAUCAGAUGCUUUUAUUUUAAGUCAUGUUAGUUAUGCUGUGCUAAUUAAAGGUAGCAAUGAGAAGAGAAACAAGAAGAGCCUUGCAAAAAGUUAUAAAGCGAUUCAGUAACUCAUCUGAAAACAAUCAUAUGAUCUGAACUGGAAGAUGUUAAAGUCAUUUGUAUGUAAUAUCAGCAUAUCUUUGUGCAAUUCUGGAAUAAAAAACAAUCUGCUUAUAACAACUGCUGGACAUAAAAUUCUGAAUUCUGAAACAUAAAUGUUUGGAAUAUUAAAUUUUAAAAGCACUUA